AUGGAGCAGAAGCUGAACCGUCCCGCGGGGCUGCGUAGAGUGGGGCCCGGAACCCCGUGGAGCUCCAUCCACGCACCAGAAGGCAACGGUACAGUGGGGACAUUGGGGACAUUGGGGACAUUGGGACAUUGGGGAAACCCCGUGAGCUCCAUCCAUGAUCAGGGGGCAGGAGGGAACGGCAAUGUCCUGAAGGAGAUCUCGGGCCGUCACCGCCAUCACGCCAGCCGCCUCCAGCUGGGUGACCCCACACUGAGCAUCCUGGAGCUCUGGGGCGCCGAGUACCAGGAGUCCAACGCGCUGCUGGUGCGGCCGGAGGGCGCUUCUCCACUUGCGUGGGCCUGGCGGAGAGAGAGCUCUCGCUGUCCCCUGAGCAUGGUGGGGACAAUCACUGGGGAUGGCAGGAUCGUGCUGGUCGAUGACCUGGCGUGCCGGUUGCCGAGGGGGGUCCCACGAGGGGCUCCCCACCCCGUCAACCUGGGCUGGAAGUGGGUGCUGGGCAAGAUGCCCCCAAAGGAGUUCCACCUGUCGCGCGCGCCCCUCCCGCGGCGCCCCCUGAGCCUCCCCGCGGCGCUGUCGGUGCGCGGCGCCCUCGAGAGGGUCCUGAGGCUGCCGGCCGUGGCCAGCAAGAGGUACCUGACCAACAAGGUGGACCGCUCGGUGACGGGGCUGGUGGCGCAGCAGCAGUGCGUGGGUCCCCUGCACACGCCGCUGGCCGACGUGGCCGUGGUGGCCCUGUCGCCGUUCGGGGACAGCGGCGCCGCCACCGCCAUCGGCGAGCAGCCCGUCAAGGGGCUGCUGGACCCCGCGGCCGGCGCGCGGCUGGCGCUGGCCGAGGCCAUCACCAACCUGGUGUUCGCCAGGGUCACGCACCUCAAGGACGUGAAGUGCUCGGGCAAUUGGAUGUGGGGCUCCAAGGCGGGCGCCGAGGGCGGCGCGCUGGUGGCCGCGUGUGACGCGCUGGUGGCAGCGCUGGCGCAGCUGGGCGUGGCCAUCGACGGCGGCAAGGACUCGCUGAGCAUGGCGGCCAGAGUGGGGACGGACACCGUGAUGGCGCCUGGUGCCCUGGUGAUCUCGGCCUACGCCGUGUGCCCCGAUGUCACCGCCACCGUGACCCCUGACCUCAAGUGUCCCAACGACAGAGGGACCCUGCUGUGGGUGCAGCUGAACCCCGGGCGGCACCGCCUGGGCGGCUCCGCCCUGGCCCAGGUGUUCGCCCAGGUGGGCGACGAGUGCCCCGACCUGGACCGGCCCCAGAGCCUGGAGAGCGCCUUCAACGUCACCCAGGAGCUGCUCAAAGGUUUGGGCGUGCUGGCGGCGGCGACCCCGGCGUCAGCGACGGGGGGCCUGCUGGGCUGCGUGCUGGAGAUGGCCUACGCCGGCAACUGCGGCGCCAGCGUGUCCCUCGAUGUUCUCCACGUCCUCAAUGUCCCAAUUUUUCUCAAUGUCCCCAAUGUCCCCAAUGUCCUCAACAUCCCCAAUGUUCCUCAGGUGACGGUGACCGUGGGUGACCAGGAGGUGCUGUCCGAGCCCCUUGGGGACAUCAGGGACAUCUGGGAGCAGACGAGUUUCCAGCUGGAGCGGCUGCAGGCCACGCCGGCCUGCGUGGAGCAGGAGCAGCAGGACCUGGGCACGCGCUGGGGACCCGACUUCAGCGUCACCUUCGACCCCGACUACGUGGCACCGGUGGCGCGGAGCAUGGAGCUGCCGGGGCCGCGCGUGGCCGUGCUGAGGGAGGAGGGCAGCAACGGUGACCGCGAGAUGGCCGCGGCCUUCGCCAUGGCCGGCUUCCAGGUUUGGGACGUGACCACCCAGGACCUUUGCUCGGGCUCGGCCUCCCUGGACGGGUUCCGGGGUCUCGUUUUCGUGGGGGGCUUCAGCUACGCCGACGUGCUGGGCUCGGCCAAAGGCUGGGCCGCCUCCGUCCUCUUCAACGGCCGAGUUCGCUCGGAGCUCGAGCGCUUCCGCACGCGGCGGACUCCUUCAGCCUGGGCCCUGGGCGUGUGCAACGGCUGCCAGCUGAUGGCGCUGCUCGGAUGGGUGGGGACAGACCCGGCCCAUGGGGACUCCUUCAGCCUGGGCGUGUGCAACGGCUGCCAGCUGAUGGCGCUGCUCGGAUGGGUGGGGACAGGUGACAGCCCCGGUGGUGGCCCUGUCCCCGCGGUGGCCCUGGAGCGGAACGCGUCCGGCCGCUUCGAGUCGCGCUUCGUCACCGUGCGCGUGGAGCCGGGCCCGGCGCUGAUGCUGCGCGGCAUGGAGGGGGCGCGGCUGGGGGUGUGGGUGGCACACGGAGAGG